AUGACGACCAAAUCGGCGCCUGAUAACCCUAUAUCAAUUAAAGAAUGGGAGGAACACUUUGAAAAGCUGUUUGAAUCAGAUACUACAACUGACAACUUGCCUGAAGCAAAUGAAUUUGAAUUUAGCAAUGAUAUCACAGAGGCAUUGUUUAACGAUGGAAUUACUGAGGAAGAGAUCUUGAAGGCAUUUGCAGAAAACUUCCUGAUGCACCAAGGAUUUGUGUUCAGUUGGUCGGCGGAGCAAAUGCGACAAGUUCGAAAAUCUUUGGCACUGUUUAUUCUUUUAAAAGCAGAGAGACGACAAAAUGGCGACCAUGUAGAUGGACGAUUGGAGGGAGAUGAUAAACAGAGACAACAGAAGGAAGGUGACAGAGAGAGGGGACAGAAGGAUGAUGACGGAGAGCGGGAACAGAAGGAUGAUGACGGAGAGCGGGAACAGAAUGAAGAUGCCGAUGAGAGGAAACAGGAGGGAUAUGAUGCAGAGAUACUAGAAAAGGGAGCUGAGACACAAAGGCGAAAGGCGGUUGAACAGUCGUCAAAGUCGAGACAAGCCAACCCGCUAUCUUCUCAAAAGAAGAAAAACGCAUGUGGGAAGACAACAUUUGUAAAAACUUUGCUGCAACAUCAUAACACUUGGAUGAAGCCUAGUGUGCAGAGAAUAGUUUGGCUUUACAUGGGAUGGCAACCGCUGUAUUCAAUCAUCCAAAGGAUUGUGCUACCGAGAGUGGAAUUUGUUCAAGGAAUUCCGGCGGACCUGGAAGAUGAUGACUUUUUUUAUCCCAGAAUCAACAAUUUACUCAUUUUGGACGACCUGUUUUCUGAAGCUGGCAAAGAUAAACGUAUAACAGAUCUAUUUACGGAGGGUUCCCAUCAUAGAUCGUUAUCAGUGAUUUCCAUCAAUCAGAACUUGUUUGAUUUGAAGCCAUUUACGCACGAGGACCAAAGAUUAAAAUGUGACAUUUUCUUGGCUGAACAGGACAGAACAGAUCAAAACGUGAGUCACGUGACCCCAGAAGAGGGUAUAAAUGUAGAUAGAACACCCGUACCUUAUCAUUCUUCAAUCGGAGUUCAAACAGAUCACAUCGCAGAAACAUCGGAUAACAAAAAUACGAUGGCUGAAAAGGGGCAAAAUUGUGAUGAUUGUGGAGCACUAUUUGAUACUACGCACGACGUGCAACGACACGUCAAAAGUGGUUGGUGUCCAGAAAGCAGGGAACCGCCCGCAAAAAGACCCAGGACUGAAGAAGAUAGCGAAAACGAACCGAAAGAGGAUAUAGAAGAAAACGAUGGUUUUAUACAUCUAUGGGAAAUUGUUCAAAAACAAAACAAAGAUAAAUUUAACAAGGUAUACGAUCAGUACAUCGAUGACGGACAUAAUGAAGAAGAUUCGGUUUGGACGGAUGCAGUCAUGGCUCCUUGGGAGGAGUAUUUAAAGACUAUCUACUACGAUCCGUCACAUGCUGCCAGUUUUGCGGGAACUCAAAAACUGUUCAAAGUGUUGCAACGAGAAGGCAAAUACAAACUUGGAAUGCAAAGAAUUCGGAAAAUUUUGCAUGACCAAGAAUCGUACAGUCUUCACAAACCCGUGCGACGGCGCUUUCAACGAAAUCAUGUUAUUAGCGCGGGAAAAGACGAUGUGUGGAUGGCCGAUCUCAUCGAUAUGGUCAAGUUUGAAAAAUGGAACGACGCCUACAUGUACAUUUUGCUGGUGAUUGACACAUUCUCCAAGUACGUGUGGUUACGCCCUUUGCGACGGAAAACGGGUCGGGAAGUCGCAGAUGCGUUUGCAGACAUAUUUGAACAGUCUGGUCGAGAUCCAGCAAAACAAAUUACGGAUAAAGGACAAGAGUUUAAAGCAAAACUUGUUCAGGACCACAUGCGCAAGUUCGACGUGCAUUACUUUCCAACACAGAACGAAACCAAGGCUUCUACGUCGGAGCGAGCUAUUUUGACCAUCAAACAGAAACUGUACCGCUACUUUACUGACAAAGACAAUUACAAUUAUCUUCCCGUAUUGCAAGACAUCGCCGAUAGUUACAACAAUACCUAUCAUAGAACCAUUACUAUGCGACCCGCCGACGUCAAAAACAAUAACCAGGAAGAAGUGAGAAUAGCUACAUACUUUGCACAAAACCCCAAAGGGAAGCAAUCAUCGCCGAAACUGAAGCCGUUUAAAUUAAAAGUCGGAAACUACGUACGCAUCAGUCAUCUGAAAACCGCGUUUACUCGAGCUUACGAUCAGACGUAUUCAGGAGAGGUAUUUCGCGUACAUACACGGUACCACAGAGGCAUACUACCAAUCUACAGACUACAAGAUCUGCAGGGCGAUGAUAUUAAAGGAACGUUUUAUGAAAGUGAGUUACAGAAAGUACACGUGGAUACAGAUCAGACGUGGAAAGUGGAAAAAGUGUUAAAACGCCGAGGAAAAGGACGUACUAAAAAUAUUUUGUGA